AUGCAGUCUUCUUCUCCUCCUAUUAAGAGGACUCGCAGCGCCACAGCAGAGGCAAUUGCUGCUUCUGCUGCAUGCAACCGCAGCAGCAGCAGCUACAGCAGCAGCAGCAGCAGCAGAGGUAAUGGUAAAAGACAUACAGGAACAGCAACAGCAGCAGCAGCAGCAGCAGCAGCAGGAGAAGAUGACGAAGAAGAAGAAGACGCAGAAGUACAAAUAGAGGAAGAAGAAGAAGAAGAAGAAAAUAAUAAUAAUAAUAAACAACAACAACAACAAGAGGAGGAAGAAGAAGAGGAAGAAGAAGAAGAGGAAGAAGAAGAGGAAGAAGAAGAGGAAGAAGAAGAAGAAGAAAUAGAGGGAGAAGGAGAAGGAUAUAAAUAUAUAAAUAAUAAUAAUAUAUAUUACUGUACAUACACCCACAAGUAA